GCGGGCUUUUACCGCUUCAAGUGGGUAAAAGGUCACAUCCCGGACACGGACAGGCUCGCUCGUUCCUCGGCUCCCCACUACGUGGACAAAGAUUCGGACCAGAAUCUAACUAAUGAAUCGAUCAAGUUCCUUAAGGACAACAAGAUCGAGCAUGUGAUCAGUCUCAAUAGCCAGGCUAAUAAUGAGGCUAUUAAAAAGAAGCUCAAAGAUAACAACAUUGCUUACACGCCGCUGCCAGUUAAGGACUUCACAGCUCCGACUAGCGAUGACCUCAAGAAGGGGAAAGAGGAGUACAAAAAGCACCGGGCGGGCACUCUUGUCUGGUGUGGCUACAGACAUGGACGUACCGGGACUAUGGUGAGCGGUCUGCAGAUAUAUGCGGAAAAGGACAAGAAGUCCUCGACGCGAAUGUCACAUGAUGACUACAGAAAAAACUAUGUCGAGCAGAUGCAUGAUGGCAAAUCAACAGGACAGUACGAGGUGCUGGCUCAGUUGCAGCAGGGCUGA